UGAACAUAUCCCCACCCAAUUCGCCGGCGAACGACCCUCCGCUCGGACGAGUUGGAACUCCGGCGGGAUGGAAGCCGCGUCCCUGCCGCUCGCCGCCUCCCGCUUCCUCUCCCCGCCGGCGACUGCUCCAUUCUGGUCCCGGCCGAGGAGCCUUCCCUUCGUCCGUGCCGCCCCCAAGGCGCUGGAAGCACGUGACGCCCCCAAAACCCUGCCGACAUCCCGCCGGCGCAGCGCUGUGGCAGAGGUCAAGGCUGCCACCGACCCCGUCGCCGCCCUCACAAGGUUAGAGAAUGUGCUGAAGACACAGGAUUGCAACAUAAUCUUGCGUCACUAUGGAGAAAUCAGACGAUGGGAUAUGCUUUCCAAGGUUUUCGGGUGGAUGCAGAAGCAUGACAUGCUCAACAUCGCGUCUUACAGUAGCUAUUUCAAGUACCUGGGUUUGAGCCGUAACGCUGCCAAAGUACUACAAGUUUACAGUGCCAUCCAGGAUAAGUCAACCAGAGUCCACGUCUCGGUUUGUAAUUCAGUUCUUGGGUGCUUGGUGAAGAAUGGGAGGUCUGACAGCACCUUCAAGCUUUAUGAUGAGAUGAUACGAGGAGGUCUAUCACCUGAUCUGUUCACCUAUAGUACUCUGCUUUCAGGGUGCAUUAAGCUGAAGCAGGGCUACACUAAGGCAAUGGAGCUGAUCAAUGAGUUGAAUUCCCGUGGUCUUCAGAUGGAUAGCGUAAUAUAUGGCACCCUCUUGGCAAUAUGCGCAUCUCAUAACUACUGCGAGGAGGCUGAGGUAUACUUCCAGAAACUGAAGGAUGAGGGCCAUACUCCUAAUCUGUUCCAUUACAGUUCCCUGUUGAACGCAUAUUCGGAAAAUUCUGAUUAUGAAAAAGCAGAGCUGUUGAUGAAAGAUCUGAGGUCCUCUGGUUUAACACCAAAUAAGGUUAUGCUCACCACUUUGUUGAAGGUAUAUUCGAAAGGUGGUCUCUUUGACAAGGCUAAGGAGUUACUAAUUGAAUUGGAAGCCUCAGGAUUUGCACAGGAUGAGAUGCCAUACUGCAUAUUGAUUGAUGCCCUUGCCAAAGGAGGAAACAUAUGGGAAGCAAAGAUGCUGUUUAAUGAUAUGAAAGAGAAAGGUGUUAAAUCUGAUGGCUAUGCAUUCAGUAUCAUGAUUUCAGCAUUACAUCGAGCUGGUUAUCGCGAAGAAGCAAAAAAACUUGCAAAAGAAUUUGAGGAUCAGAAUGCAACAUAUGAUCUUAUUAUGCUUAAUACAUCACUUCGUGCUUAUUGCAACACGAAUGAUACGGAAAGUGUAAUGAGAAUGCUGAAGAAAAUGGAUGAAUUAAACAUAUCACCUGAUCAUAUUACAUUUAAUACCUUAAUAAGGUACUUCUGCAAGGCAAAGGUCUAUCACCUUGCAUAUAAGACGAUUGAAGAUAUGCAUACGAAGGGCCAUCAGUUGAAUGAGGAGCUUUGUUCUGAGGUAAUGGUACAGCUAGGUAAAGCAGGUUUUCCUUCUGAAGCAUUUUCUGUGUAUAAUAUGAUGAGAUACAGUAAGAGAACAGUUUGCAAAUCUCUUCAUGAGAAGGUUUUAGGCAUCUUAGUUCCAGCGGGACUUCUAAAGGAUGCAUAUAUUGUUAUUAAGGACAAUUCUGAUCUGAUAUCUCCACGCUCUUUGGAGAAUUUUGCUGGACAGUUCAUGAUCUCUGGCAACAUAAAUUUGAUUAAUGAUGUUAUGAAGGCACUAAACCAUUCAGGAUGGCGUAUAAGCCAGGAUAUCUUUGGGAGAGCAAUUCAGCGAUACAUCCAGAAGCCUGAUAAGAUACAGCUACUGUUUUGCCUUUUGGAGUGGAUGACUGGUCAAGGCUAUUCUGUGGACUCAUCAUCAAGGAACUUGCUUUUGAAAAAUGCACAACUCUUUGGCCAGAAACAACUUAUAGCAGAAAUCCUUGCUAAGCAGCAAGCAGCUUCAAGGAUCACAGGCCAAAGAACCCAAAUGUUCAUAGAUAAAGCAAGAUCUUAAUCAUAUCUAAAAUGGAUAUCCAUCCUAUAAUGAUCUGGAGGUAGUUAUAGACUUAUAGUUGUUUGAUGAUCGGCAAUAUAAUGCUAACAAGGAUCUGUCAAGUUAGAAGUUAUUACACUCAUGUUUCCAAGCUACAACCAAAACUUCUCAGAGAUUCAGAUUAUGUGAGGCUGUUCAGUUCAGGAAGAUUGGACCACUUGAGCUGCAACUGGGAGUGAAGCUGCCCGCCAGGGCUUCCCGUGACGUUAAUAUUUGUCCAAAACACAUGUAAGCAAGUUCAAGCUACAUUUUGUCAGCUUCAUCAGAUAAAGUUGCUCCAAUUUGGUGGCUGUGCAAUUGGUGCUAUGGUUCAUGCAGGAAACAGGAAACAAAGUACAUAGCUCUCUGGCUACAAAUUUGAACUUCUGUUUUCUGUACAUGAAUUUCUUGCGGAAGUAUUGGAAUAUGGAAAGUCCAGUUUUCUGAGGCACUAGAUGUAAUACGGGUUAGUCGGUUCCAAAGAAGAUCAGUGGGUUCUCAACUUGUGUUGCAUUUGGCUCAAGGAAUUCCCAGCCUCCCAGGGAUACUAUUACUGAAAAAGCCCACAAAAUAGAUUUAGUAAAUAAUGUGACAGAAGGCAUGCCAAAAGAGAAAUGCUGAAUAAAAUUCACAUUGACCAUCUAUGAUAAGAAACAUUAAAACAUGUGAAAUUGUUCUCGUGGUUUUGUAACAUGUGGUAACAUGCAUCAGGAAAAUCACUUGUUUUUCUUUGGGGAUACCUGUUUGCUUUGGAUGUUUGACUUUACCCUACACAUUAAUAAAUAAUCCAGACUGUGAAGGAUGCA